ACAUGUUUGCUGUCGGUUCUUCGGCCGUCGCAUGUACAGUUUUAUCGCGUUCGCCAAGCCGUCCGGACCUGCUGCAUUCCUCUGCGCCAAGUUACGCGGGGUCGUUCGUCGUCGUUGAUUCGGUUUUCGGUUAGUGUUUCCUGUUUGGCUCACCAGUCGGAAGUCGGCUCGUUCGCGGUAAUUCGGUAAUCGUCGAGUGUAAAUACGCGAAAUUUCGCGGCGAGUUUAAGGAAUUUUACGGUGGGGGGGGUUGUUGUGUUGCGGGUCCUGAAGGGGGUCGUGGUGGGUCAUCGGUAUGUGGUGGUGACCUGAAGUUCUGGAAGUGGUGAGCCAAAGGGUUGCUUCAAUAGUUCUGCAACAGCGGUGCGUGCAGUGUUGUUUCCCGUAUUUCUCAACAAGGGGAAAAGUGCUGUUCAAUAAGAGCUGGGAAGUGGAAGAAUCCCGUUUGCGGUGGCCGGGCAUGAUGAUGCCCAAGAAGUGAUCCAUAGCUGGCGCUAGUGUGUUGAGUGUGUGUGUGUGUGUGUGCGCCUGUCCCCCAAUGGGUGUGUGUCCGUGUGCCAGUGAGUAUUAUGACAACGUCAACGGUAGUGCAGUGAAUGGGAAGAAAGCCUGGAAAUACCGGCAAUAUUAGUGCCAGCUCAGGUAUUUUCCCAGAACCAGAAUCUCCCGAGUGCAGCGGAAGAAAGCGAGAAGCAAAAGUGGGAGCAAGGACGUGGGGCACCUUCCCACGGAACUGGCCCACGUAGCGCCCAGCCAGAUACCCACGUGGUCCCCACGUGACGGAGGGGUCGGCGACGAUGGAAUUGAAAGUAUGGGUCGAAGGAAUACAGCGUAUUGUUUGCGGAGUGACGGAAGUCACCACUUGUCAGGACGUGGUAUUUGCGCUAGCCCAUGCCACCGGCAAAACGGGCCGCUUCACCCUCAUCGAACGGUGGCGCAACAACGAGCGGCUGCUGGCACCCCACGAGAACCCGCUCAAGAUUCUGAUGAAGUGGGGUGAGUACUCGAGCGAUGUCCAAUUCAUCCUGCAGCGGUCCGAGCAGAAAAAGGACGGCCAGACAACGCAGCAACAGCAACAGCAGCAGCAGCAGAACAACAACAACAAUAACAACCCGCAGCCAAACGGCAGUCCUCCCACGAAUCAGCCACAGCAGCAGCUUCAACAACAACUCCAGAAUCAAAACCACCCCCAGUCCCAGCAGCAGCUGCUGCGGCAACAGCAAAAGCUCAACCAGCUGAACGGCAACGUGGACGCGGAUGUCAAGAGCAAGCUGGUGCAAAGUAAUAACCUCAAAAACAGCGGAAGUGAUCCCAGCUACGGGAAGCAACAGCAGCAGCAACCUCCAGCGGAGCUGAUCACCAACUCGUUGCUGCUGGACCGGGGCAAGGAGACGCGAAAGAGUCUCAACUCAGGGACACCACCCAGUGCAAAAACCCCCACGGCCAUCCACACCAACACCAGGAGCAACGGAACCUCCGGCGCCACCACCGUCGUCAAGGUCGUUGACAACCACGCUGGCCUAACGCUCAAGAGCUUACCACCGCAACAGCAGCCUCAAAAGUCCCCAAAUAACAGCACGAGCUCGUCAAACAGUAGCAGCAGUAACAGCAGCAACAACCCCGUGGAAGCGACCUACGCCAGUGUGAUAAAGAAGCCCAAGGGACCUGCUGUUACUGCAGUCCAUCCGGCGGGUCCUGCGAUAGUCGGGGAGUUUAACGCGGCGGAUCUGAGGAAUUCGCUGGACCGAAAGUUGAACGGGUUGCUUUACAGCAAUGGAGUUGGAACGGCGAUUCACCACGGGGGUGGAACGACGAUUGUGGGAGCGACAUUGAAGGACAACUCGAGGUACGGGGGAAACGUUAGUGGCCAUCAACACCUCAGCAGUAACGACAGUUUGCUGCUGGACAGUAGUAGCAUUAGCAGCGUUAGCAGUGGUGGCAACCACACACUCCUUACGAGUCCAACGCCGCAAAAUCUCAGCGGUAGCAACAAUGCCUCCCCAAUAACCGGCAUCUCGUCGAACGGUGCCCUUGUACCGCCACCCUACCGGGAUCCACCUCCGCCACGAAACUCCCCACUCUCCCACAAGCUCCUGCUCGAGAACCAGCUGAACAAUAAUCCGAACGCCAGCAUCAGCAGCACCGGCAGCAACAGCUCCAGUCAAAUCAUCUCACCCUCCUCCUCCACCAGCCAGAUGAACAAUCUGAACGUGAACCGGAAACUGGAAAAGGAUAGCAUCAACAUGAAUCUGGCGCUGGCUGCGGCCUCCGCGCCGACCUCAACGGGAAGUGGCGGAAGUAUCGGCGGGGGCAGCAGCAUCGGCAGCGGAAGCAGCGCCAGCAACGCCAACGAGCUGCUCCUGCUCAGUGAACUGAACCUCAACGAUGGCCAGACGUCGGCGUCGUCGUCGUCGGCGGCGGCUGCGGCCCAGUACAGGGAUCUGGUACAGCUUAUCAAGUAUCAACGGGAGAAAAUCAAUACCCAGCAAGCGGAUCUGUCGAAGAGGAUCCCAGGUAAACCCCACCCCUGGAAACCGCCAGUGAUAAAAUACGACUCGGAGAUCCAGUACCUGGAGAGCCGCAGCCGCGAGCAGCAGGAGCAGCUGGACGCGAUCACGCAGGAGAUCAGCAAAACGGACGCCCUGUACCGGGCGGGGGCCGAACAGCUGCAGACGCUGCAGUACGUCGAGGAGGAGGGCGAGCUCGUGCGGCAGCAGGAGAAGACGCUCAAGUCGGAGAUCACCCUGCUGCGCUCGAAGCUGGCCAACUGCGAGACGGAACUGCUGCAGUGCAAGAACAAGAUCCGGCUGCUGAUGGACGAAAUCCAGGUCGAGCAGCGCAAGUAUUGCCGACAGUACGAUCCUAACCACCGUGCCCAGUUGGAACGGAAUCUAAUGUCUGAAGUUGACAGGAUCCAGCUGGAGAUCGACUUGGCCAUCCAGAGCACGGACCAGGCGAGCAAGACGACGGAGAAGCUCAAGAGCGAGGUCGCGCACAUCGAGGGCAACAUCGCGGACAAGAAGAAGCAGGUCGAGCAGCUGGUGCACGAGAUGAAGGAGGUGAACCUGCAGAGUUUGGCGUCGGUGGCGCCGGCGGACGAGGUGCGGCACCUGCUGGAGGUUGGCUCCGUCAAGCCGGGCAGCACCCGCCGGAUGAUCGGAUCCCCGAGGCAGCUGGAGAACGCGGUGCCCACCAGCAAGAACCCACACGGAGUUUGGGUUUAACUUGACACACAUCGUACACUUUACAUAUAAAUACACACACACACACAGCAACAGUGGCAUGCAAUAAGUUAAUCAACCAAUUGUGAUAUUGUUGUAAGAGAAAAAAAAAAAUGAUUUAGUGAGAGAAGGAGGACGAUAACCAAACCGUGUAAACUGGCUGGAUACGAAAGUAAUUGCAUUCUUCAUCAAAACGACUCACUUCUCACACAAGUACUACAAACUCCUGCAAAGCGAAUUAUUUUAUUACACUCACACACAAACUCUAUAGACUCUACCUACAUGUGUAUACUUCACGUACUGUUUUUUACGAAAACUUGAAUGAAAUGAACUGAUAAUUUCUCACUUGUGACGAGAAACCGGAAAGCGGUUCGAGAUGGCUUCAGAUAAUAUGUACUUACUAGCGAAACAACACAGAAGAUAAAUCGAUUUACGAGGGUCCAAGCUGUACCGGAACAGGACCAAUCGAGUACUGAUCAAAUCAGUCCGCGAUUGGCAUUUUUGUAAGGGUUACUGCAUGCUUAAUUUUUCGAAGCAUUUUUUUUAAAUGAGUCAUUUACAUCAUCACACCCACAUUCCAUUCGUUUUGACGAAGAAAAACAAAUAUUUACUUAAAUUACAAAAGAAUGUUAAAAUAGAAACACGCAAUAAUGGCCUCGAACGUGUGCGCGCUUAGUUUACAAAAAAAAGACAGAUAAUUGUUAAAUGUUAUGAAUUUAUUAAUUAUUUUGCUGGCAACUCCUCUGUGAAGAAAAAAAAAGACAUAACUUCUUUUCGUCUCGAAGCUUUCUUUCACACUUCACGCUCUCAAGAGAAGGGUGAAAUUUGGCUUCCCCCAAUUAAGUAACUUUAAGCGCAGCUGUAGAAAGGUAACUAAAUUUAAGUGUUUUACUUUGACUCCACCCACAAAACUUCUUGCUGUGUUACGUGAACAAUGUUUUAAACAAUGCCAUUUUGCCAUUUAAGGUUGCACCCCGCGUCACCGAAACACACACAUACUUACACACAUUGUUUAGCACACUUACGGUUUUAGUUAUCCACACAGAAAGAGAGGAUUUACGUUUUAGCACUUUAGUUUAAGUCCCAUCAAACAAAAUAUAAAAAUAGCAAUCGUUAGAUGAUAACGGAGGAAGAAAACAAACAAAACGAUUUCAAACUAAUAACUUAUAAAAAAAAGAAGAUGAAAAUAUCGGAAUCACCAAUAUAAGAUAGUUAGAACGACGAAGCGCACGUGGACUGGAUUCCACGUGGUGGAGAGUACUCGAACACACACACAAACACACACUGCUACGCAGGCAAAUCGGGCGCCGGAAGUAAAUGUUAUGCAACUAAACCACCUAUUUCGAAAGAACGCACUUAGCUAGCAAAUAAAUGAAUAAAUUUAACAAAAAAAAAGGAAUUCUUACACACAAAUAAAAAAAAAGGUCGCUAAAUCCAACACAGAAAUACACAAAUACGCGCUUACGUCUAUAUAUUUCUAUACAGCUAUAUCAAAACUAAACUAAACAAAAGAGAAGAUAUUUUUCCAGAACGAAAAAGUUAUUUUAACCAAUUCUCAACCCAGAAGAAAAACAACAACACGCACUCACUCCCACACACGAUAGUUUUUAUUCCGUGCACCCUUUCCAGAACUCCUAUAUUCAAACUCAAACUCAAAAAAAAAGGCAGCAAAACUCAACAGGUUUCAAACUCCUCUAUAUUUACCUUUCCUCACAGAAAUGAUGGGAAUUGAUUUGGAAUUCUACUGGAUUGAAGCGGGGCGAUGCUGAAAGAUAAACUAAACUAAACUGUUACUUGUAUUGGUUAUCACGGAACGGGAUAUCGACAGAUACGUUCAAAUGGGAGCAGCUGGUAGCAACGUAGUCUAUGCUGGAGAUGAGAAAUAAAUUAACGGUUACUAUAUUGCCACU